AUGGCGCUGGUCUCUGAAACUGCGCUUAUUGGCGGAUUUCAUCCUUUGCAUCCUGAAAUCAGUGAAUUGGCGGCGGCUGUGGCGUCACCUGAGAACAUGGAGGACAUCCGCUUAGCCCGUGAGGCAUUGGUGAGCAAAAGCAAUGAGCACGCUCUUUGGGACACCGCUGGCAUCAUCGCCUUCUUUGCAACCAUCACUACGGUGGUGGAUUUUGCAGGUCACUUUUCUGAUGAGCUUCCCAAAGUGCUCAAGAAGUUGGCCAAGGUCAUUUCCAGCGGACGUCACCUCCGAGCGACGUGCCGACGAGUCCUUUGCUGCCAAACGGCCUAG